CUCCACUCUACAUUGCACCCGUCAAGAUGGCGGCCAAUAUUCCUGCGAAGCUCAAAGCAGCAGACCUUACCAAGUUCUGUGUCCGAGCUGCACAGCUCGAGACAGUGAAGCCAGUGGUCGCAUAUUGGUGUCAAUACUGGAUCGUGAAUCAGAUCCUCUCCAAAGGUCUCCAUAAUGGCGACAGCGAAACGCUCCAGUACACGACGGACUUGAUGGAUAAGCUUGAACAGAUCAAAGCUGACAACGCGACGAACGAUGCGAUAGUGGAUGAUACGGCUGGUCAAGCAUAUGUCGAGCAGUUUGCUCUGGAGACUUUCAAUAGAGCAGACAGGGCGAUCCAAGCCGACAAGGUCACAAAACAGACAGCAGAUACGUUCCAAGCCGCUGCGACGUUCCUUGAGCUUGUCAAUAUAUGGGGGCCGCCAGACGGAGAGACCCAAGCCAAGAUCAAAUAUGCCAAGUGGAACGCUAUACGGAUUGUCAAGGCAUUAAAAGAAGGCAAAGAUCCUAAUGAAUCGAAUCCGAAGCCUCAACAGCAAGAAGAAACAUCACCAGCAUUAGAUCCCAACGACAUAGACGCGCUGCAGGUGGGAGAAUCCGGUAAAUACAGGAAACCUUCCGUUCAAGAGGUUCCCGACGAACCAGACCAAGUUGAUACGAAGACCACACGGAAAUCCUCGAUUGAUCAAUCUCUAAACCCGUCUACCCAAGUGUCAGCUCAUGGAUCUUCGUCCACAAAGUACGAGCCCUACCCCCGGGAUGGAUUCCCCUAUACAGCUGUGCAUGACGACAAAGUCUCACCUCUCGAGCCCUCCAACCCUAACGGCAGAGAUGGUUCUAUAGGUGGAGGCUACUUCCCCCAGGUGCCAACCUUCACCUCUGAAGUCAGGGAUUCGGCACUCCCUACUGCGCCACCAGACGAUGCGGUUGAUCUCGGACUGCCAGAUCACCCUUCCACCAGCCAAGCCUUUGGUACCGGAGCAAACUUCGAAUCUUUUCCUCCUCCAGCCCUCGACGAUGGACUGCCUUCCGCUCCUGCCCCAGAUCCCCAAGACUAUUACCGUGCUCCUCCACAAGUCCAAGCCCCUCAUCCUAGCCUACCACAUGCCCCAAACCCACCAUCCGUCCCCCAGCCAUCGCGUGACCUACAGACGCAAAUACCACACCCAGCUCCUGCUCAUCCCCCGCCUAUGCACUCAAGCGUAAAUGGGAAGGAGCAGCUUAACACAGAUGAUGCGGCGAUUGCGAAGGCGCAGAAACAUGCUAGGUGGGCAAUUUCGGCUCUGAACUUUGAGGAUGCAGAGACAGCAGUCAGAGAGUUAAGGAAUGCGUUAAAGACGCUGGGUGCGGAGGCAUAGGGUAUCUAGAUAUCUUGAGGAUACUGGGAAGAUUGUAUAUAUGAAGGUACAGUUUGAUCAUGGAGUGAAAAGAAUAUUAUACCCGGUUGUUUCUCCCAUACCUGAUGUUUUUGCCCCU